GUCGAGGUGUUAGGUCUCGGAACUUUCCAAUCCGCCAUCACGAUAUAUCAGUCAUUUGAGUUGUGGGUUGCCUUUCUCUCGCUCUUGUUCCUCGGCUUUAGUGCUCGGCUUCCGCGGCUGACCGUUGGAAAACCAACCUGAGUCUUCGGGAUCUCCAGAACACGGCCAGCUCCCUUGUCGAGCCGUCCACAUCUCAGCGAAUUCCAAUUUCUAGUCUUCAUUCCUGAACCUCAUUAACGCAGUACCCAAGAUGGAAUAUUCGGGUCGAUCGAGCACCUACUUACCGAAUGAGGACGAUCAGGUUACUUAUAAUACAUCUAGCAAGAUAUCCCAACCAUCACCGUCAUUAAUGCUAGCCCGGCCGAGUUUUGGAUUUGGUAGCGACUUUACGUUCCAAUUGAAUUCAAUAAGCUCAGGUUCGGUCCCGACGUUCAAGCCACCGGUAUUCAAUCAUGACCCGGAGCUCGAGCUCCUACAAGUCCAAGGAUCACAUCAGACCAAUACUUUAGACUCGACUCUCGAACACAGUACCCGUAAUGCGGUCCUAGUCACAGGCGAAGCCGAAAAGUCCUCCGCCGGUCUGUUUCCUCAACGCGCUGUCGUCGGAAGCAUCGUCGGCCAAUAUGCACACGGCUUCCCAAGAAUCACUGCCAACCCUAAACUGUACUUGAACGUUAAUACGCCCUUCAGCACACUCAUCUGCGGCGUUCAGGGAUCCGGAAAGAGUCAUAGUGCCUCAGUCAUAUUGGAAGGGUGCUUAAUAGUCGAUAAACGGAUCGGUACUCUGCCCAAACCUCUGGCCGGACUGUGCUUACAUUAUGAUAGAGGAAGUGUGAAUUACCCUUGUGAAUCUGCGUAUCUUGGAUUACCAGCAACGCGAGCCCAACUAGGUUUAAAGUCGACUUCAUCAGUCCCAGUGACAGUACUAGUAUCGCCGACUUGUUUGGAAACGAUGCGAAGGAUUUAUAAACCUUUGAAGGGCGUGAAUGUCAUGCCAUUCUACCUCUCCACGUCAAAUUUAAAUUCCAGUAGGAUGUUAACCUUGAUGGGAUUUGAUGACAGUGUCAUUAUGCCGUUAUAUUUACAAAGAGCAAUGACUAUCCUUAGGACGAUGGGCGCUGACAGAUUUAAUUACGAUACUUUCAAGAAGAAGAUGUCUAAGGAGCCCUUAAACCCCGCCCAAGAAAGUUCAUACAAGAUGAGGAUCGAGAUGUUAGAUUCCUACUUGACGGGAAACAGAGCCUGGGACGUGUCCUCUUAUUUCAAGCCUGGACACUUGGUCAUUGUCGAUCUGCGUGAUCCGUUCACCAAUUCAUCUUUGGUCAUCGCUUUGUUUGAGAUCCUUGUUGGGUUGUUUGUCGAACGACGUAUGGAAACUGGGAAAGUCUUGCUCUUAGAUGAGGCACACAAGUACUUAAACUCAGAUCCGUCUUCGGCACGGUUCACGGAAUCGAUGACCUCCUUGAUCCGACAACAGCGACACUUUGGGAUCCGGACGAUCAUUUCCACACAGGAGCCGACGGUAGUUCCGGAUGCGAUUCUCGACCUGGUCUCGUUCCUAGUUCUGCACCGGUUCAGCUCCCCAACCUGGAUCAAGCAUCUCAGCAAACACAUCUCCGUCGAUCAGGACCACCAAGCAGACUCGGACUGGUCUCGGACGAUCUCUAGACUCGGACUUGGAGAGGCCGUCGUCGUCGCUCCUACCGCUCUGAGCAUCAAGUCUGACUCCUUGGCCUGCGAACCCCUUGCUACCGGCUUCUUUCUCAUUCGCACCCGCAAACGACUCACCUUCGACGGCGGGGCUUCUAUUGUCGCGUACAAAUCUUGAAGAAAUUCUAGAAGAGAUCAUUUUUGCCUGUUUUUCUCGAAACACGCACAUUUCGGUCGAUUUCGGAUUCCAGACUUUCUAGCGAUCAUCCUUGUCGUUUCUGCUCCGGGUUACUUUCUGUUGUUGUCGCUUAAUAUUGCUGAUCAUGUGCUUUACUCUUGUAUAUAAUACGUUUCUGUUUUGCCCCCUUAUACCGAACGCUGAUCCCACUUGCAAUGAAAUCGUUGAAUGAAA